CGGAAACGUAUCCACUACGAUUAUGGCGGAUCCGGAAGCAGUCGGCGACAAAGUGUGUUUCUAGCACCAAAGAACUUCUUACGACAUCGCAAGAGUUCUAUCGCCUUAGCAAGACACACCACAGCUUAUCGAAGUCUUCAUCAUGAACCUCUUUACCCUCAUCUGUCAUGGUCUACCCCUGUUCCUUGUCACCAUGGUAACAGCUGGAGAGAAAAAGCUUCAGAUAGGAAUUAAAAAGCGAGUGGAAAACUGUCCAGUCAAGUCCCGGAAGGGUGAUACAUUACAUAUGCACUACACAGGCAAGCUUGAGGAUGGAACCGAAUUUGAUAGCAGUCUCUCUCGUAACUCACCAUUUGUCUUCACCCUGGGUGCUGGACAGGUCAUUAAAGGUUGGGACCAGGGCCUCUUAGGAAUGUGUGAAGGUGAAAAACGCAAGCUUGUAAUUCCUUCUGACAUGGGUUAUGGUGAUAAAGGAGCCCCUCCAAAGAUUCCAGGAGGAGCUACUCUAGUAUUUGAGGUGGAACUGCUGCAGAUAGAACGAAAGGAAGACCUUUAGUCACCUACAGAAAUAAAUCGGCCACUAAUUUUGGCACCCCAUCAUCUGUGCCAUAUCAGUCAAGUAGUUCAGGUUAACCCCAGUGGUAAAAAAAAACAACUUACAUUUUAACAAAAUGUUUUAAAGAAACUCCAGCCAUAAAAUCCUCAUGCCAUCACCACCAGUGCCUCCUUCAGGUCAACUCAUAUGCUUCUACUUUCAGCAGUGCACCAUUGUGGGCACAGCAGACCAUUGUAGUAGCAUAAAACAGCACUUUCUGCAGAAAAAGAUGAGAAAUCUUUACUAUAAGGUGAUGGUUAAAAUAGUCAUUCAUUUUGUGUGUGCACUUUGACUUUCUUAUCCCAAAAUACUUUUUUUUUUAGUAGUUUAAGGCAGAGCAUAACUGGUGCAGGUGCUUUACUUCAUUCCUUGCUAUGUGACCAGGAAAAAGGUGUUGCCAUCACUGGCUAGUGCAAUGACAUCAAUAGUCCCUUCACACCUGGGAGUUUUCUGUCUGUUGUUUCCUGUACUUGUUUUGUGUACAUGAAGUAUGGACUUUUCACAAUUAUAAAAUUUGUACUUCCAGUUCACAGGAAUUGUUAGGUUUUCAUAUUGUCAUUGAAAAUGUUAUUUGAAGUGGACUCAAUGCAAGUUUUACUUACAAUAGCUGUAUUUGUGUUCUUUGUAAAAUAUGUGUAAAUUUCUUUUAGAUCACAUCACUUCUGCCUUGGACAGGAAGAGUGGGGGGGGGGGGGUAGGAUUGGUGUUUUACGUAGAGCCAGCAACUAAGGUUAUAUCACGUCAAGGCAGCCAUCCCUGUAAACAGAUGCUACUUUCAGAGAAAAAACAGUGUGCCUGAGACAAGAUCUGAACCCAGGACAGCCAACCCUUGGUGACAAGAGCUAACUAUUGCACCACCAGACCACCCUGCCUUGUUUAUUGAUAUCAUCAUUUUAUUUUUAUUAAGUGUUGUGGUAUUUAUUCACAAAAUUCCUCACAUAGAGUUUUGUUUUGAGUGGGGCCGUAGUUAUGAUGCCUAGAAUGACUAGCGCUUGGCAGUUCUUCCUAAAUGAAAGCAGGAAAAAUUAGAGAAAUAGGGAAAAUGUUUUCAAAGCUUUGGAAUAAUAAAGGAACUAAGUCUUUAAAAUUAAAUGUCAGGUUGACAGAAAGGGAAA